GUCCAGCAGCCGGCUGGUGAAAACCUGGCACACUGACCGGCGACAAGAAAAUCAACCCCUCGCCCGACAAUCCACCCGCACACACUCGCUUAAGACAGCAGCCGAUGGCCAUGGCCUUGUUACUUCUCCUGCUCCUCUGUCUGGUCUCAGAAGCUAGCUCCAAUCUGGAAGGAAAGCUUUUUGAGAGCUUGUUAGCCAACUAUGAUAAACGGAUCCGCCCAGCAGAAAACCUGGGAGACAUCAAUGAUGUGACUCUGAAACUUACACUGACUAAUCUCAUCUCACUGAAUGAAAAGGAGGAAGUACUUACUACGAAUGUCUGGUUUGAAUUACAAUGGGUAGAUUAUCGCCUUUCCUGGAACGAGUCUGAAUACGAAGGGAUAGAUCUGCUCAGGAUUCCAUCUGGGUUGCUGUGGCUCCCUGACAUAGUCCUUGAGAACAAUGUUGACGGCCAGUUUGAGGUCGCUUACUAUGCCAACGUACUGGUCUACAGUAGUGGCAGCAUGUACUGGCUGCCACCCGCUAUAUAUCGAAGCGCCUGUCCUAUUGCUGUGACUUACUUCCCUUUCGACUGGCAGAAUUGUUCACUUGUAUUCAGGUCCCAAACCUACAAUGCACGUGAGGUCAAGUUGGAUCUAUCGGAGGAGAAAGGGCAGUUGGUUGAGUGGAUCCACACCGAUCCUGGAGACUUCACUGAGAAUGGCGAGUGGUCGAUAAAACACAAGCCUGCCAAGAAGAAUAUCAACUGGCAGUUCACGAAGGAUGACAUCGAGUACCAGGAGAUCAUCUUCUUCCUGAUAAUUCAGAGGAAGCCGCUGUUCUACGUCAUCAACAUUAUUGCCCCCUGUAUCCUCAUCUCUUCACUGGUGGUCCUUGUCUACUUCCUGCCUGCACAAGCUGGGGGUCAAAAAUGCACCCUUUCUGUAUCUGUUCUUCUGGCACAAACUAUCUUUCUGUUCUUGAUUGCACAGAAAGUUCCGGAGACAUCAUUAAAUGUCCCGCUCAUUACAAAAUAUUUAAUAUUUGCGAUGAUCGUAUCAACGUUGAUCGUAAUGAAUUGCGUCAUCGUCUUAAAUGUCUCCCUAAGGACCCCCAACACCCACGGCUUGUCGCAGAAGAUCAAACACGUGUUCCUGGAGUUGCUGCCCCAGUACCUGGGAAUGCACUUAGAGUCUUCCGAGGAUUCCUGGGACAAGCCCCAGCCGAGACGCAGAAGUUCCUUCGGGAUCAUGAUCAAAGCGGAGGAAUACAUUGUCAAGAAGCCAAGGAGUGAGCUGAUGUUUGAACAACAGAGAGACAGACACGGUUUAAAGAGAAUAAACAAGAUGAUAGCAGAUAUCGAUAUUGGAACAACAGUUGACCUCUACAAAAAUCUGGCACACUUCUCCCCAGAGAUAAAAUCCUGUGUUGAUGCCUGCAACUUUAUUGCCAAAAGCAGCAAAGAACAGAAUGAUUUUGGCACUGAAAACGAAAACUGGAUUCUGAUUGGAAAAGUCAUUGACAAGGCUUGUUUCUGGAUUGCCCUUCUUCUGUUCACCAUGGGCACAGUGACAAUCUUCCUCACAGGGCACUUCAACCAAGCACCAGACUUCCCCUUCAUUGGAGACUCCAGGAAAUAUGCACCGGAAUAGAGUACUUUACCCAUCUCCCUCCUAAUCACUAUUUAGCUCCAGAAACAUUUUGAUGCAUGAAGUCACGCAACACACAAACCAGCCCUUCCGCCAAUCUCGUCCAUGCCGACCGACUAAAGUGCCCCAUCUAAGCUAGUCCCAUUUGCUUGCGUUUGGUCCAUAUACAUCGAAAGCUUUCCUGUCUA